CAAAAGUGAAUGAAGCUUUUCGUCAAACACAAGAGAAGCGAAGCAAAAGGCAAUGAAACCACCAACUUCCCAUUCCAAAAGGCUUAGCGGCCACGCUUCCGACUCUAUUCCUCAGAAUCAAAAAGAUUACUAUGAAGGCGAACGUCUUGCCCGUCUGCUCCAAUCACUUCAAAGGGAGAUAGAGUCGGCAAGGCUUGCAGAUGGGAAGGCCAAAGCCUUACCUGAAAAGAUAUGGUUCAAGUAUUUUUGGCAGCAACAAUUCGCAAUUGGAGUGAAUGAAGUGACUCGUGCCCUUGAACGUAUGAAACCACCACCACAACAUUUUCAUGAAACAGACUAUGAAGAUGAAGAUGAAGAUGAAUAUGAAAAUGAUGAUCGUCUUACUAUUACAAAACCCUCCUCCACCCACCUUCAGGCAGUGGUGGUGGCUUCUGAUAGCAACCCAAAAUGGCUUACGAAGCAUCUUCCGAGCUUGGCCUCGUCAAGGAAAGUACCUUUGAUCUUUCUCAGAGAUAACAAACACGCUUCCUUGCGUUUAGCUCAACUCUUUAAACUCAAGAGCGCCAUCGCCAUUGGAAUCAAGGCCAGAGGAAAUUCUAUCAACAAAUUCUUUGCAGGAAUUCUUCGUGGUGAUGGUGAUGAUUUACUAGUAAAUGACGGAACGGAUUGCUGCCUCACCUCUCGACUGCCUUCUACUUCUACUCUAAUAUGACUUUAUAAAGACAAAAAGAUCACACCUCAUGGGGAAUUC